AUGGUGAUGAUUGACAGAACGGAGCCGUACCGGCAACGGAUCCUCGGGCCGGGAUUCGCGCGGCAAACUUUCAUACAACAGGACGCAGCAGCGCGAUUAUCGGGGUUUGAGUUUCUUCUGUACGUUCUCACGUUUUUGAUCUGGCCCUUGUACUAUGUGAGUAAUCGCGUCCGGACAGGCGACGCGUACGAGGUGAACCGGGUCUGGUCUACAUCUAUCAAGGCCGCAACCUACGUAGACCAACACGGCUUCUUAUCCAGGAAAAAACACCCAUCCACAUCCAAUUUGUCAUGCAAAACAUGCAUAAGAAUAAAAUCCACUGUUUGUCAUGCAUAAAAUGGAUAUGGAUGGGUUUUUUUCUGGGGAUACUUCUCGCGGCGAUGGGAAAACAUACAGAGCCUGGAGGACGUCGAGGCGUUCUUCACCGAAGCGCUCCCGAAAGCCGUCACGGCUCCCAGCGCCGCGAACCGCGUGCUCACGCCCCUGCGAAUAUCGACGCGACGCAUGAAGAUGGUGGCCAAUGAAGACAAGGACUUCAAGCUUCUAGCGCCCGAGGUCUGGGGCAGCAUGGCCGGGGUCUCAGUGCACGACGAAACCGAGGAGUUCGACGAUCUGACGCACUACGGCGCCUACCGCAGUUGGCGCCGUUCCUCGUUCGGUGAUGCGGGCAAACAGGAGCUGCAGUUCAACAUCUUCCCGAACAAGGUCUGCAUCGGGGGCAAGGAGCUAGCGCACGUGGUGGUCGGGGAGACGCUGGAUACGUGCAAGCGCUUGUGCGGGCUGUACGACUGCGGGUGCCUGCUGGUGCCGUCAGACUGCGCCAACGCCGGUUCCGACGUCUGUUCCUACUGCAAGUUUCGGUCCUACAGCAAAGACGACCUGACGCUUUCCGCGCCGUAUUACCCAACGAUGCCGAACUAUGCCUCGGAACUGGUGCCGCCGACGUUGGUCAGCAAUGGACGAACCAUCUUUCUGCCGAGUUUGAACCAGUUUCACCGCAGCACGUCGCACGCGGUUUUACCCUACGGGAGCAAGAAGCAGCUUGCCUUUGUGCAACUGGUGGAGGUGACGCAACGGUCCAGCAGUGAGACGCCAGCGGUAGAACAGCUUGCGCUUGUCCUCAAAGAGGUCGUGAAGGACGGGCAGUUCUAUCCGAGUGCAGCCAUAAGUCGCCCUCGCCUCCUCAUCUGAAAGGCAUGAGCAACGACGCAACCAACACCAGAGCAGAGAUUUUUGCAUGACACACCGAAAUACGUUGGCACCACGAUCGCAACCCCAUUUUCCAAACCACUAAGUUUUUCCCUGCUAGAAAUUCCAGAUACCACCUUUAGGAUGGUUUUUUCAGUAGGUGGGACUGUGUCAUAGUUAGCUGCUUCACGCUUUUUUACUUUUUAUUUCUGUUCCCUCGGUGCUAAGACACGAUCAUUGCACAGAGCUAUUCCUACUCAGAUAACAACAGAACUCACGUCGCAGCCGUCCCAGGAGUUUCUGUUGUUGUCUCUCGGUAGAAAUCGCGUUGUUCAAUUUUCUGUUUUAGAGUUUACCGGGUAUGCGGUUUCAUGUUUGUAGUUUUGUUUUACAAAGGGACGCCCUGCCCUUAGUUUCCCAACAUGACACACCGAAAUAGCACCCCCUGACUCGACUGCGCAGUCUUUUCUUAAGUAGCAUGGCACCAAUGUAUGAGGGGCCACAGGGGUUGCUGUGCACUCUUCAUAAGUUCAUCGAUCGCUACACCAGCACGGUUGCGGUGGACUUCGUAAGUUACAAUCCGAAUUUGCGGCUGCACACCUGGGUGCAGCUGAUCUUCACCUUCAACGUCGCCGGGAGCGUGAGUUGCGAGUACCAGCUCGACACGCUGGACCUCACGGGCAACGCCGAGAGCGUCGCGACGGACAUUGGUCUCGGUAUGUACCAGGCGGACGACAAAAUGACCCUGGCGGUGCUGAUUCUGUGGACGGUCCGUGUCCUGUUCGGCGGAGGAAACCAAAAGUGGACGGUUUGGAAUUACCUGAUGCUGCUCAACAUCGUGUUGUUUUACGUCGUGCACACCGUCUGGAUCUCCUACCAGAGUCAGGACUCGGCGCUCCCGGACCUGAACGCCUUCGAGCAGAGCAGCGCCGUAGCCACCGGGACCACUGAUGCGCUGAACGCCGCGGGCUUCAGUGCCAUGAUGGAGAAGUUCGAGAAGCAAGCGGCGAGCUUUCUGUUGUUCCAGCGCAUCGCUGGGCUGGCGUUCUUCUUCCAAUACGUGAACUUACUCUCCUACCUGCGGAUCGCCUCCGUCCGCGUCCGCAUCCUGAUUGACAUGGUUGCCCGGUCGGCCACCGCGCUCGUGUGCUUCACGCUUUUUUGCACGAUUUUGUUCCUCGGCUUCGUCAACUUCUCGAACAUCCAGUUCGGCAGCCGGUUGACGGAGUUUGGCACGCAGAGCGACGCGUUUGUGUCCCUGUUCGAGAUGAUGGGCGGGAAGGUGGACGUGUACGAUCUGCUCAUCGUGGAGUACCCGGUGCGAUCGAGGAUAUUUUUUCUCAUCUUCAUGCUUCUCUUCUACUUCAUUCUCGUCAACUUGAAUAACGCGAUUUUGAACGCGGCGUAUGUGCAUCAAAUGCAAAAAUGUCUGGGUCUGGAAGAGCCAAACUUGUGAUGCUGCAUUUGGAUGCUAAAGAUUAAUUUGGCUACCACGCGGAGAGGGCAUUUGUCAUGCUGGGUGCGCAUAGAUAAGCCAGCGCCCAAAAAAUCUGUAACGCUAUGGCAUACAUCACAGACAUCAUGGAUCGUGGAAAAUGUGCAUGACAAAGUUGUGCUCUUCCAGACCCAGACAUAUUUGCAAUCCAUAACGUCGACGCCGUCAACGACGCCGAGGCCCGCGAGGCGCUCAAACGACAGUCCGACCUGAGUUCCGGGGAACAGGGGGAGGAGGACGACGACGACGAGAGCGAGGUUGGCGCGCAGGACAAGUUCAACCGGUGGAAGUCGGCGGUCUUUUUGAGGGCACACACGAAUGUGCACGCAGCGGCGGACAAGGCUAAGCGGUUCCUGGGCUUUGGCGUCGAAGAGAAGGAUGAGGAGGAGGAGCCGCAGGAGGAUGGAUUGACAACGAAAGUGCUGUACGCACUGUUUGUCGUGUUCUACUUUGUGAUCCUCUACCUGCAGCUGCAGCGGAGCGACACCUUUCACGCCGGCGAGCCCAUCAAGGACGCGUUGCGGUACGCCACGUUUCCGUCCUCAACCUCGGGGCAGCGGUACGCGACUUUCGACGGUAUCGAAUCGCGCGCGGACGUCCUGCGCUGGUUGCGCACCGGCUUGCGGUACGCGCUCUUCGAGUCCAGCGAGUCGCUGCCCGGCGACGACCUUUCGAGCGCGUCGAAGUUCCUGGACCGAUAUCACACCUCUAUUGAUGGCAUUUGCGAAGGCAACGAGCCCGGGGAGAGGGGCUGCAAGCAGUUGGUGAUUCGCAACUGGAACGUGGUCUUGGGGCAAAAGCCUGUCCGGCUCACGCAGAGACUUUUUCCCAUGGAGGCAACACCCUACCUUACCGCAAGCGCAAGUGCUGCGAGUAGUUCUUCUAGUACAUCAACAACUUCAGCCGCUCUACUACCCAGCGAUUUGCUGUACCAGCGCACUAGCACGGUCCGCGACCUGUCGGUGCAGGCCGAGGAUGUAUUCGCGGACCAGGUGAAAAAAGCUGCGGUAUCGUAAGCAAAAAUCCCCCCUCCCCAUAUCGAAAAGGCACGUCUCAGGAAAUUUGUAAUGCUCAUUUGUGCCCUCAAAUCAUCUCUGUCUUGCAGGACCGAAACUACACAGGCUACGCCACAUUCUGCAGGCGGUUUGUGAUGCUGUUGGCCCUACAGCCUAGGCGUUUGCCAUGCUUAGCGCCUAGCAGAAAACCUCUCUACUCAGGCUUAGUAUAGGCCUGCAGUCCUCUCCAGCAGGACAAAUCUGAUUUGUGUACGCAAAUCCAGCAUCAGAAACUUCGUUUUGAUAUGGGGAGGGGGAGUUUUUCCUUUUGAUAUGCGGACGUCGUGGACGUGAGGCAGCGACUGGUGCUCGGCAAUUUCACGACCGGCUUCAACGAGCAGUCCGCAUUCGUGCGCAGCCUCAGUGUGCACGCGCGUUUGUUUGACAGGGACACCCGACAGAUGGAGGAACUGAACUACGUCUCGGCGCAAACGGCGAACCUGGUCGUGGAAUUUCUCGUAUUCAACGCGCAGCUGCAGAUUUUCAGCCUGGCCAUUGUCGGCUUCACCUUUCCCCCCGGCGGCGGCGUGGAGAAGCGCAUCACGCUGAAGUCCCUUCCCGUGCAGUACUACACGUUUGACAAAACAGCCAACGUGAUUCGGGUCCUCCUCGAAAUGAUCUAUCUCGUGUACCUGGCGUACUACAUAAUCGAGGAGGGCGUAGAGGUGCACGCUGAGUUCGUCGAGAAGAAGAACCGGCUGCUCGCAGAAAAGCUGUUCGACGAGGGACUCCUUGACGACCCCGCGAAUUUCGUUCCGGUUGCGCCGCCCAAGCCCCAGUUGGUGAAAUUGCAAGAUGAGCACGAAGAUGGGGGGGCCACAUCUUCGAAACCGCCACAAUUUGCCGAGGCAGCAGCUGCCGAAGUGGAUCCGACUCACGGGAUUAGGCUCAGCAUUACUGAGUAUCUCAAAGCAGGGCUGCAGGCGUUUCUCCACCAUUUCUGCAUGGACCUCUUCAACACCGUGGACCUCGUUUCCUACAUCUUGAGCAUCACGUCGAUCCUGCUGUGGAUGCGGUUCUCCAGCGAUGCGUUCCUUGCCCAGUACGUGCAGUACGAAAACCCCACCUGGGAGGGCUGCGACAUCCAAAGCGGGUGGUGGUGCAGCGACGCCGAGGUGAUGGCGGCUUUCUUUCAGGCGGCCAAGAAGCAGGACCUCUUCGUAGCCACGGCUGCGCUGAACGUGGUCUUCAUCUUUUUCCGGCUUCUGAAAUUCUUCCGAACCGCCGGCCGCAUGACGGUCAUCUUUCAGAGUCUCGCGGGGGGUUUCAAGGACAUCAGUUGGUUUUUCCUGCUUUUCUUCGUCAUCUUCUGGGGCUUCGUGCUCGCGGGGAACCUGUUUUUCGGGCGGUACCACAAGGAGUUCUCCAAUUUGUCCGACGGAUUGCUGGAGGUUUACGAGAUGAUUCUUGGCAACUACGCGUUUUCGCUGCUCUCCGCCGCCGAUCCCACCAUGGCCCCGGUGUUCUUCUUUCCCUUCCUAAUGCUUUUCUACUACCUGCUCAUGAACGUGUUCUUUGCCGUGAUGGAUAAGAAUUUCCAGCACUUCGACAAGGAAUAUACCCGGGAGCUCCUGGACCCUUUGGGAACGGGGGGGCACCUCCACAGCGGAGGGGCCGCGGGGGAGGGGUUCGACCUCGAUGAUGUUAAUGCGGACCUCCCCAGAGUAGAACUGGACCAAAGCGCUGCGUCUGCUUCCACCGUCGCUCGUCCACACAAACCCCCGUCUCCGACCUCCGGACGGGGGCAUCAUCAGCGGUCCAACAAGUCCCCGGGCGGGAAGAGUGCGGCCUCGCGACGGAUGAUGUCGCGUGCGAUCAAGGAAGAAAGUAUCAAGAACGAAGUCACACCGUACUGGCUUCUCCUCCCGCAGGAGUGGCGAGACUGGGCUCUGGAGACAAGCACGUUGAUCCUCGGUGAUAUGCAUGGAACCUCGACCGAUGAAGCCGCGGGUGGCGGGGCGGGAGCGGACCCGACCGGGCUCCUGACGGCCUAUGAAGUGAAAGAGAAGGAGCAAAAUAUGAUGGGGCAGGUUGCAAGCGAUCUGCUCGAGGUAUCCAACCUGCUCGACAGGUACAUCGACGACGUGCUGCCCCAGCUUCAGGAAGCGCAGCAGAACCAAAACAUCCUGGCACAAUACAUCGAAGUGCAGGAAGAGCGAAAGCUUGCGCGCAAAGCUCAGCUAGAAAAACUACAAGGAGAAUACAGUCGGCUUCUGGAGCUCAGUCUAGCUGUGGGCUCAAAUACGGUUGCAAAAGAUGAGUGA